AUGAAGAUUUUGUAUUGGAAUGCCCGUGGCAUUGGGAACGAUGACACAAGACGAGCUUUAGCUAGUAUGCUCGUUACUACUAACAAUAGGGGAUUGCAAGACCCCAACUUGUGGUUUCUUUGUCAUGAAGCUCUUAGGGUACAGGUGAUCUCGGCCUCAGACCAACAGAUUUCAGUAUCUUAUACCUUUGAGGGGGUCUCUUGUGUCCUAACGGCAGUGUACGCCAAAUCUACGGUUGCCGGUAGACGUCAACUUUGGCAAGAUUUACAUCAUAUUCAUUCCCAGCAUGGCCAGGGGCCCUGGUUGGUGUUCGGAGACUUUAACUGCAUCUUGGGUGCGCAUGAAAAGCGUGGAGGCGCUAUGCCAAAUAGAACUUCCUGCCUAGAUUUUAGUCAGAUGUGCUCUGAUUGUGAGCUUUUGGAUAUCCCCACAAAAGGUCUAACUUAUACUUGGUCAAAGGGUAAUAUUGAGGUCAGACUUGACCGAGCUCUAGGGAACAUGGAGUGGAUGAAUUCCUGGGGCUCUAUGGAUUGCUGCACCCUUACAAAGGCAACGUCAGAUCAUUGUCCCAUUUUAGUGUCUUGCUCCAAGCUGGAUGCUAUCCCGAGGCCACCAUUCAAGUUUCAAAGUUUGUGGUUACUGACACCAGAUUUCUUGGCCUUAGUUCGAUCCUUCUGGAACACUCUACAUUUUUACGGGUGCCCACAGUUCACCCUAGCAGUUAAGUUACGGGCUCUGAAAGGCAUGCUGAAAUCCUGGAGCAAAGAACAGGUGGGAGAUGUGCAUGCUCAGGUUGCUCAUUCUAAGGCAGCUUUAGAUGCAGUUCAGGCUGAAAUUUCCACUCAUGGUUUAUCAGAUGAGAGAAUUACUGAAGAAAAUGAAGCCCACAACAAUUAUUUAUCGGCCCUCUCUCUUCAAGCCACUCUCUUGAGGGACAAAUCUAGAAUAAGUUGGCUAAAAGAUGGUGACAGGAACACUACUUUUCUUCAUAACAUGGUCAGGGUUCGGCGUCUUCAAAAUUCAAUCACAUCGCUGUUGGUUGAGGACAGGGUGCUCAAUGAUCAAGUUGUUAUUGCUGCACACGCGAACACUGGUCUAGUUGAAAGGGUCAUCCCACAUAUGGUAAUAGAGGAGGAGAACUCUUCUCUUCUUGCCACCCCCUCUGCUGAAGAAAUUAGAGAUGCCGUUAUGAAAAUGGAUGGAAAUAGCGCCCCAGGGCCUGAUGGUUUUGGCGGCAGUUUUUUCUCUUCUUGUUGGUCUGUGGUAGCUAUUGAUGUGAUAAGGGUAGUUUAG